CGCCGCCUACCAGAGCGUCGGGGAGGAGCCGCCGUGCCACUGCGGAAGAAGCGCGGGGUCCUCCGAGGGAUGGGGAGCUGCCCCGGGCGCUGAGACGGGGUCCCUGUCAGCGCGGCGACCCGAGCCGGGUGGGGGCGGCGCGGAGCAGCUCAGGGCCCUCGGCCCGGGGACAUGGGGCGGCGCGAGCCCGGCGCGGGACGACGCGAGACGCGGCGGAGGCUGCGGCCACGAGCGCCCGGCAGCCCCAGAUAAAGCGGGGACCCGAGGGCCGGGCCCCAACGACUCGGGACAGGAGCCGACGCCCGUCCCGGAGCCGAUCCUGCCCCAGCCCCGGGGGGACCUGGGUUCCCGUCCCACGGCUCGCGGCUUCCCUCUGUGACGAAGUUUUCUCCCGGUGCCUUGCUGAAGAUCGUCCCUAGUUCUAGAACUCGCCUGUGGCCGACUUGCUCGGUUUGUUCGAGGAGAUAACUUGUUUUGCUCCAACCCGCAUCCCCUUUCCGUGACCCCUUGCAAUUGGAUGUUCUAGAUGACUGAAUGGAGUUUUGAGUUGGACUUUUGUGUCCCUGCCGACAUUGGGUCUGAUCCCAGAGCACUGGGGGUGGGGUGUGGAGGUGUUACUGUAAAAUGCAAGUUGGAUAAAAAGAAGACCUCUCGCCAAGGGCCCCAAUGAGUGGCACACAGUCUACUAUCACGGACAGGUUUCCCCUCAAAAAACCUAUAAGGCAUGGAAGUAUUUUGAACCGAGAGUCACCAACAGAUAAGAAACAGAAAGUCGAACGCAGUACAUCACAUGAUUUUGACCCCACAGAUAGCUCCUCCAAGAAGACAAAGUCUAGUUCAGAGGAGAGUAGAUCGGAGAUCUAUGGUCUUGUUCAACGCUGUGUGAUCAUCCAGAAAGAUGACAAUGGAUUUGGGCUGACAGUCAGUGGAGAUAAUCCAGUCUUCGUACAAUCUGUCAAAGAAGAUGGAGCAGCCAUGCGGGCUGGAGUACAAACAGGUGAUCGAAUCAUCAAGGUGAAUGGGACUCUGGUGACUCACUCAAAUCAUCUGGAGGUGGUGAAACUAAUCAGAUCUGGUUCCUAUGUAGCUCUCACUGUCCAGGGACGCCCACCUGGGUCGCCCCAGAUUCCACUCGCUGAUUCUGAAGUAGAACCAACAGUCACUGGACAUAUGUCUCCCAUUAUGACAUCCCCUCAUUCCCCUGGAGCAACUGGGAAUAUGGAGAGAAUCACUAGUCCUGUGCUCAUGGGGGAGGAAAACAAUGUGGUCCAUAACCAGAAAGUAGAGAUUCUGAGAAAAAUGUUACAGAAAGAACAGGAACGGCUGCAGUUACUGCAGGAAGAUUACAGCCGGACACCUGCCCAAAGAUUGCUCAAGGAAAUCCAGGAGGCCAAGAAGCACAUCCCGCAGCUGCAGGAGCAGCUGUCCAAAGCUACAGGCUCUGCUCAGGACGGAGCUGUAAUUGCACCCUCCAGGCCAUUAGGUGAUGCCCUAACAGUCAGCGAGGCAGAAACAGAUCCUGGAGAUGGCCUGUACAGGACUGACUGGAGUAGUGGAGAUGCUUCUCGGCCUAGUAGUGACAGUGCAGAUAGUCCCAAGAGUAGCCUGAAAGAAAGGAUUUAUCUAGAGGAAACCCCAGAGAAAAGUGAAGGACUUCAGGACACUGACACGCAGUCGCUGGUCGGCAGUCCCUCCACCCGUGGAGCACCUCAUAUUAUUGGGGCAGAGGAUGAUGAUUUUGGUACUGAACAUGAGCAGAUCAAUGGACAGUGCAGCUGUUUCCAGAGCAUUGAACUAUUAAAAUCUCGCCCUGCUCACUUGGCUGUUUUCUUACAUCAUGUAGUUUCCCAGUUUGACCCUGCAACAUUGCUCUGUUAUCUCUAUUCAGACCUAUAUAAGCAGACCAACUCCAAGGAGACUCGGCGUGUCUUCCUUGAGUUUCAUCAGUUCUUCCUGGACCGAUCUGCACACCUGAAAGUUUCUGUGCCUGAGGAAAUCUCUGCGGAUCUAGAAAAGAGACGACCUGAGCUUAUUCCUGAGGACCUGCAUCGCCAUUACAUUCAAACUAUGCAGGAGAGAGUCCACCCUGAAGUUCAGAGACAUUUGGAAGAUUUUCGACAGAAACGUAGCAUGGGACUGACCUUGGCUGAGAGUGAGCUGACUAAACUUGAUGCAGAGAGAGACAAGGACCGGGGAACUCUGGAGAAGGAGCGAACGUGUGCGGAACAGAUCAUCACCAAAAUCGAAGAAGUGCUGAUGACUGCUCAGGCUGUGGAAGAAGAAAGGAGUUCCACAAUGCAGUAUGUUAUUCUCAUGUAUAUGAAACAUCUGGGAGUGAAAGUAAAGGAACCUCGAAACUUGGAGCACAAACGGGGUCGCAUUGGAUUCCUUCCAAAGAUCAAGCAAAGCAUGAAGAAAGAUAGAGAGGGCGAAGAAAAAGGGAAGCGAAGAGGAUUCCCCAGCAUUUUGGGACCCCCAAGGAGACCAAGCCGCCAUGACAACAGUGCAAUUGGCAGGGCCAUGGAGAUACAGAAGCUACGCCACCCUAAGCACUUAUCUGCACCCUCAUCUGUGAGUCCUGAGCCUCAGGACCCUGCCAAGUUACGCCAGAGUGGAUUAGUCAAUGAGGGGACAGACACUGGAUACCUGCCUGCCAGUUCCAUGUCCUCUGCCACUUCGGGGGCUGUUCUUUUCCAAGAGGGAGGGAAAGAGAAUGAUACAGGAUCAAAACAAGUUGGAGAAGCAUCAGCUCCUGGAGACUGCAUGGACAGCACACCUCGUGUGCCCAAUACUGUUUUUGACUUCACCCCUCCUUUGUUAGAUCAAGUGCAGGAGGAGGAAUGUGAAGUAGAGAGGGUGACAGAACAUGGAACUCCCAAACCCUUUCGAAAGUUUGACAGCAUCGCCUUUGGAGAAAGUCAGAGUGAGGAUGAACAGUUUGAAAACGACCUAGAGACAGAUCCACCCAACUGGCAGCAGCUUGUUAGUAGAGAAGUGUUAUUGGGACUGAAGCCUUCUGAGAUCAAAAGACAGGAAGUGAUUAAUGAAUUGUUCUACACCGAGAGAGCUCACGUCCGAACAUUGAAGGUUCUCGACCAAAUAUUCUAUCAGCGAGUGUCCAGAGAAGGAAUUCUGUCACCUUCAGAACUACGCAAGAUUUUUUCAAACUUGGAAGAUAUUCUUCAACUUCAUGUUGGGUUAAAUGAGCAAAUGAAAGCUGUUCGAAAGAGGAAUGAGACGUCUGUUAUUGAUCAUAUUGGGGAAGAUCUGCUCCUCUGGUUCAGUGGACCAGGAGAGGAGAAGUUGAAACAUGCUGCUGCUACAUUCUGCAGUAACCAGCCUUUUGCCCUGGAGAUGAUCAAGUCUCGUCAGAAAAAGGAUUCUCGAUUCCAGACUUUUGUGCAAGAUGCCGAGAGUAAUCCCCUGUGUCGUCGUCUUCAGCUGAAGGACAUCAUUCCCACUCAGAUGCAGAGGCUUACUAAAUACCCACUUCUUCUGGAUAACAUUGCCAAAUACACAGAAUGGCCUCCAGAAAAAGAAAAGGUGAAGAAGGCUGCAGAUCAUUGUCGUCAGAUCUUAAAUUAUGUUAAUCAGGCUGUCAGGGAGGCGGAAAACAAGCAGCGCUUAGAAGACUAUCAGCGUCGCCUUGACACCUCCAAUCUCAAGUUGUCCGAGUACCCAAAUGUUGAUGAGCUCAGGAAUUUGGAUUUAACAAAAAGAAAGAUGAUUCACGAAGGGCCGUUGGUUUGGAAGGUGAAUAGAGAUAAAAGCAUUGAUCUUUAUACACUGCUGCUGGAGGACAUUCUUGUACUGCUGCAAAAGCAGGAUGACAGGCUGGUGCUAAGGUGCCACAGCAAGAUUCUGGCAUCCACAGCUGACAGCAAACACACUUUCAGCCCUGUCAUUAAGCUGAGCACAGUGCUGGUUCGACAGGUGGCCACAGAUAACAAAGCCUUAUUUGUCAUCUCUAUGUCAGAUAAUGGAGCCCAAAUUUAUGAAUUGGUAGCACAGACAGUUUCUGAAAAGACAGUCUGGCAGGACCUCAUCUGUCGAAUGGCAGCAUCUGUGAAGGAGCAGUCCACAAAGCCAAUCCCCCUCCCACAGUCACCACCGUGCGAAGGAGACAAUGAUGAAGAAGAACCAUCCAAGUUAAAAGUGGAGCACCACGGUCUUUCAGUUGCUGGUCUGCAGAGUCCAGACAGAGUUUUGGGAUUAGAAUCUCCCUUAAUUUCAUCAAAACCUCAGUCCCAUUCACUGAGGACCCCUGGCAAAUCAGAAGCAGAACAUCUCUUUGUGACCACUACACAAUUUGCAAAGGAGCAGCAUGCAAAUGGGACACUCAAGGAAGGUGAUGGUGUUUACCCAGUUACAGUCCCAGAUCCACACUUGCCUGUGUCAGAGGAGCGCUGGGCGUUGGAUGCACUGAGAAAUUUGGGCUUGUUGAAGCAGUUGCUGGUCCAGCAGUUAGGUCUCACUGAGAAGAGCACUCGGGAUGACUGGCAGUCCUUCUCAAGAUAUGGGCCAGCUUCUGAAGAGCUACAGGCAGACAGUGGCAUCCAGGACUCUGAAAAUGUUAAGGCUUGUCAUGCCGGGGAAGGACAGAUGCUUUUUAAAACUGGAACUGGUGACGUUACAAUUUGUGACAGUCCACGGACUUCAACUGAAUCUUGUGGUGCACAGGAUUCAGUGAUACUGGCAUCCCAAGACAGCCAGGCAAGUAACAUUUUAGUAAUGGACCACAUGAUCCUGACCCCAGAGAUGCCUACUGCAGAGCCAGAAGGGGUUCUGGAUGACAGUGGAGAGCACUUUUUUGAUGCCCGUGAAGCACAUAGUGAUGAUAAUCCAUCAGAAGGUGAUGGAGCAGUUAAAAAGGAAGAGAAGGAUGUUAAUUUACGCAUCUCAGGAAACUGUUUGAUCCUUGAUGACUAUGAUGCAGUGCAGGAGAGCUCCACAGAUGAGGAGGUUGCCUCCUCGUUCACCCUGCAGCCUGUGACAGGCAUCCCUUCAGUGGACUCCACCCACCAGCAACAACAUUCCCCUCAGAAUGCUCAUUCUGAUGGGGCAGUUUCACCAUUCACCCCAGAAUUCCUGGUCCAGCGACGCUGGAGAGCUAUGGAGGAUGCUUGUUUUGAGAUCCGGAGUCCCUCUUCUUGUACAGAUUCUCAAAGCCAAAUCCUGGAGUACAUUCAUAAAAUAGAGGCUGACCUUGAACAUUUAAAGAAGGUGGAAGAAAGUUAUACCCUUCUUUGCCAAAGGCUGGCUGGCUCAGCCCUCCCUGACAAGCUCUCAGAUAAAAGUUAGAGCCCCGUGUCCUGGAGGUGACUGCAGGUUGUUGGAUUUUGAGUGUUGACCCUGUAUCAACCACAUCCCGGCUCCAGUGUGGACACAGAGAGAGUGUGACAGAGGAUCUGCCUGGAACCACCUGGGCUCAGCCGUGCCCCAGGGUGCCCCACGUGGGACUAGUUCUUCAGUCUGGCAGCUGCACAAGUCUGUCAGUGAGGGAAUGUCAGUUCUCUCACUCUCCUCUCCUCACUAUCAGAAAUGCAUUUUGAUUCAGAAUAAAAACCAAAUGUAUAGAGCUUUGGGUGUAGGAUAUGAAAUUGUAUGUAGGUAAGAAAAAGAGAAAAUCAGAUGUAUUUAUUUGACUUCAUUCCGUAUUUGAAAGCACACUUUAAUUUUUACUUUGCCUUGUUUUGUUUUAAUUGAGUAGUGAGAGUUUUUCCCUUUGUAUUUAGCACACCCAAGAAUCAACUGUUUCUGAGGCUAAGGUCAGGCAGGGGUGGGGAGGUUAGUAGACAGGCAAUGCAGAAGAGGAGAGAGGAGUGCCUGGCUUCACUAACCCUAACCCAGCCCUUCUGUGCAGAAGGCUGCCUUCUGAGGGUCAUCUCAGAGGUGCUGCAUGACUCCUGUGUGCGGAUGACAGAGCUGUGUGCUGUCCGGGUGCUCAGAGCAGGUGGACCUCCUCCUACCCUGCGGCCAGCAUCUUGUCCUGGGUCCUACCCCAGUUAACAGGAAUCCUCAGUACUCUAAAUGGCAGGCACUUGAACAUGGGUGUAUUUCCUUUGUUGUCUUUUCUAUUGGUAGUUGGGAUCUGGGAGAGAAGAAAACAAAUUUUUAUUUUCUUGAUUAUAAAUUUGUUAUUCUUGGUAUUGUUGCAUUUGUAUAAUUAUACAUUGGCACUUGUAUGAAAUAUCCCCUGCAGAGUGAGCAGGAAAUAGGAACAAAGAGAUGGAAUGCUUCAGUGGUGGUGGGGUGCUGUGGAGGGGUGGGGUGGGGUGGGAGAAGAAUCUGAGAAGGUUUUCGAAACUGAAUCACUACUGAGUUGAACCAUGGCUGUCACUAGCCACGGGUACUGCUGAUGAUAAGGCCAGUAAAAACUAGUACCUGGACGGUUGACUCUAAUUGUUUGCACUGAUGGUGCCAAAGGGCUCUGAGUUACACACAGAGCCGAGGGAGGGCAGAGGAAGGCAGGAAGGAGAGUCGCUUGCAUCACAUCACUGCAGAGUGCUUUCUCUGACCUCACUGCCACAGCCCUGUCUUCAUGGCGCUGGGACUGGCUUUGGGAACAGGGACCAGAGGUGAGCAGUGCAGACACCCAGGUGCUGGUGAUAGCUGCAAUGUGGGCAGCACCUAUGGGGUUAAGCUAGUCAGAACUGUGCCCUGAGAACUCCUUAAUUCUGUUGCCCUUCACUGGUUUUCUUUGUGCAUUUGGUAAAUAUAUUUUUGGACUGUUCUGUUAAAAAAAAUUUUGUCAAAUCUAAAUUCUGUUAAUAAACAAGGAGUUCGUGUGUUGUGCACAUCUUGCAGGAGGGCCCUCUGAACUGUGGGGGGCAGUUAGGAUGUAGUUUAUCCUCCCCUCAUGUUCCUCACACACAGAGGAAGCUGUCACCCAGGGUGGUCCCCAGCUGCUUUUACGAACACCUCCACAACUUAACGUGCUCAUCUGUCUGGGUCCGUAUUCCUGUUUCUGCCCUUGAGAACUAUACGUCUUGUAGGUCAAUCCACUUGGAUCCCUGUACCUCAUCUACAAAUGGGAAUUGUAUUUUGAGUCAUAGGUCAAUCAUAACUCAAAAUGGGCUUUGAAAUUUUGAAGUAGAACCUAAUAUAUAAGUGAAGACCAAAUGGUUACGUUGUCUUCCAGGCAGCCUCUUAACACUAACUACAUCAUCAGGAGAUCCAGACGGCAGUGUUCUGGCUUCAGACACUCAGUCCUUCCCUGGCUCUCUAGCACAGCUCAGCCUGAACUCUCUUCUGUUGUUUGCUUCCCUUUCCUGUCAGAGUUACAGCAGGGCUAACUGGAAAGGUACUUUGGCAUUGCUCCAGUACUUCCAAAUAAAUGCAUAUCAUUAUAUCUUCAGAUGAAACCUCAAAAUGAAGUGACUUCUGGAAAACAAAAACAAACCACUUUUUGAGAGUUCUUUUUUUUUUUUUUUUUUAAAUCUUAACAGCCUUACUUCUUGCCUGCACCCUCCCUCUCUGGCCUCCCGUGCCUUCCAUUUCAUUUAGGCCAUCAGAAUCACAUCCCUUUGGCUUUGACAUUACAUUUCCCUUCCCUGGUGGUGACAGCAGGUAUUCCUCCUGUUCUGGAACAAGGUGGUCAUUGUCAUAGUUCUCUCAAAGAAAGUGCAAAGUGCUUCAGCUCUGAAGAGUACUAGGCAAGCGAAGGGGCUCAGCAUUUUCUGCAGAGCCAGAAAGCUAUGUGUGCUGUGGGUACAGCCCAUGACACUGCUCUCUCCUGAGCUUAGUGGCUCUCCUGUCACUAAGUGGCAGAUUACAUGUGGAGUAUCUCCCUUUCUGAGAAGAGACCCGAUCAAGCCAAACGGUAAACCCUGCAAGUACUGUAAUUUAAAGAAUGGCUUUGGCCUUCGCCAUGUAUAGUUUCAAAGCAGCUAAGUGGACUCUUGGAGUUCAGCUGCUCUCACAGCCUAAAUUUUAACUAUUUAUUGUAUCACAUGGCAAGUUAUUUCAUGAGUAUUUUUGCCUUUGUUUUUCCCAAGCAAUUUCUAAUGGCCUCUAGAAAAAAAACAAGCCCCCUUUUAGAAAGUGUUUUGUCUUUUUGUCUUUUGGGGAGGGAAGAAGAGAAAAGUUUACUUUGCCUGAUUUUUUGAAUCAAAAAGCUUUAAGUAUGCCUCCUAUGAUGCAGCCAGUCACUUUCCACCCUGCCCGGCACUGGCGAUGGUCUGCCGCCUGACACCCAUGCUCCGCCCAGUCUGCUGCAGCUGGUGUGGGGUAUGGCUUGGAGCCACACAGGCUUGCUCUGGACAUCCUUCCCUCCAUGUCGCAGAAGGCACCCUGGGACCUUAAACGACCAAGUUUAAGACCUUGCAGAAGUUUCUGUUUUGUAGAUCAUGGUUUCAUUGGUUUGACAUUUCACCCUCGUUUAGCGUGGUCUGUAAAAUUGUUCUUUCUUUAAGAAAGGAGCUCUCUUGUUCUGUUUGCCUUCCCCAUGGGUACUGAGGGUUUGGAUCAUACAUUUAUCAGGAAAAGGGGGCCUCCUCAAAACCAGUCCCUUCCAGCCGUUUCCAGGUGCCACCCGCUAAGCAGACGUACAGCAUGGCGACCGUAGUGUGCACGCUGUUGGUGGUUUUGAAUGGGCCUCUUCCCACUAGGAUGUCUCACUUUCCUGGUUCACCAUACAAUCAUGUGCUCUUUAACAGAAAUCGCUUUUAAGAGAAAUCUGGAACUAUCUUAAAAAAAAAAAACCUUAUUAAUAAUCAUGUAUUUUUACUGAUCACAUUUUGAAAUGCCUAAAAGACUUUAUUGCUCUAAUUAUCCAGAUGCACCUUUGUAAAAAAAGCUCUUUUAUGAAUUAGCUGAUAAGGCUGUCUGUUUCUGGAACAAAAUAUUGGGUCAUCUAAAACUUUCUGUUUUCUGGGGUCUGGGAAAAUAGAAAAUAAGAGUUCAAAUAUUAAAUAAGCUUAAAAGAA